CUCCUUCGCCCUCCUUCCCUUCUCCAGUGUUUACAUCCAGAGCUGGAGUAGGAGGAGGAGCUGGAGGCUCAGUGCCGGGGAAAAGGCUCUGGCAGCCGCGGCGACCUUGCGCCGCUGCCGCUCCUCCUCUCGAGUAAGCCGCGGGGAGAGCCAGGGAGCGCCGCCAUGAAGGGGCCUAUUUCAGAAGCACAGAUGGUGGAAAGCAACGCAGAGGCAGCUGCCGAAGAAGCACCUCCUUAUUUGCAGGAAGAACCUCCUCAAGAUCUUAGUAAAGACUGCCCACAGCCACAGUCUGGCAUGAUCUGGAGAGUGACAGGAGGCCUGUACAGCAUCACCCGAGGAGCCGUGGGGGCAACGCUGGGGGGAGUGGCUUGGGUUGGUAGCAAAGGCUUUGAACUCACCAAAACAGCAGUGACCAGCGUCCCUACAGCCAGCGUUGGAUUAGUCAAGGGCAGUGUCUCAGCAAUGACCAGUGGCGUGGGAGCUGUUGGCAGUGCAGUGGCCAGCAAAGUCCCUUUCCCCACAAAGAAGAAGGACAAGGCCGACUAGACCCUUCCUUUUGACAGAUCACUUAGUCCCUGACCUUCCUCACUGCAAUACCAUUUUGUUUUGGAUCACAAACACAGACCUCCUAGCCAUGGCUGAAGUUCAAUUUUUUAGCUUGGAGCCCACAGUCACAACUAACCACACUCAUGCACUAUCCCAUUUAGGAUAAGGUUACCAGAUUCUUUUUCAAUGAAUCCGGGGACACUUUUCAACUUCAAUGGAUUUUUUAUGGGGACUGAUUUGUAAAUCCGGGGACUGUCCCUGGGAAAUGGGGAAAUCUGGUAACCUUAACGUAGGAGAACUUUGUUCACCCCAUGAGAGGCUAUGUAGGAGCUUCAGUUGUGAGCAUUGUGCUCCAUCUGUUUGGACACACUAGACAGAAAACUCGAGCACAGAGCUGUUUCCCGGUAGGAGACACAGGUAUGAUUCUGGCAGGGUUGACCAAUGGUCACUUGCAGUUUCUUCUUUCCUUAAAGCCAUCAGUGAGAUGUGGGGUUGGGGAAGUGCUGAUGAGCAGAGGGGUCCACAUCCUUGGCUGAGAGAGACAUGAGGCAGCAAGAAAGGGGGUGACUAUCAGUGUAUUACAGUGCAUGACUGCAAACUAGCCAUGUGGCUCACUGAAGACAGCAUCCCCAUGCCCGGGCAUCUGGACAGUCAGCAGGUGUCUGAACCUGUGCAGGAUUGACAGAGCCAGCUCUUGCUACCUCCUUGCAACUCCCUCAGCAGCCACUAGUGGGAAUCUCCUGCCACAAUCCUUACUAGACACAUCAACAACUUUCAGUGGUAAAAUAAUUUCCAGGUUGCCAAUCUGGUCACCUAGUCCUGUUUUUUUGUAUUUAAUGGUUUGUAGUUCACUAGAGGUCUUUUAAAAAAAAACAAAAUAAAUGGGGAAGGGCUGUAUGGGACCUGUCCACGCAAAUGUAACCUGUAUGAAGCAGAGAUGCUGUGAAUAAGGGCAUCCAACCAUUCCACAGGUGCAACAGAGGAAAGAAUAUAUAUGUUUAUGAGGCACCAAGGCAACCAAGUUAUUGAGUGGCCUUGAAUAAAUAUAAAUCGUACUGCUGAUGAUGGUGAUAACAACAUCAAUUUUCUCCUCAUCUCUCUCACACAAGCCCACUUCUAUCCACAGGUACACCUAGUUAGAAUGAAAAAGGUUCCUUGUUUUAGAAUUACUUCUGCCUUUCCUGGCAUUGUAGGAUUUUAACUAUGUGCAAUAGAGAGAAAGAAUGUUUAUAGUGUGUUUUAUGAUCAUAUACAGUAAGCAUUGGAUCAGUUUUCUAAUAAUUAAAGCCAUGAAAACAGAGGUGUGACCCUGCCCAUAAAUAAUAUGCACAUUAUUCCUGACAAAUUCAGCAAUUUGUAAUUGAGGUUGUUCAAAUUUUGUUUUGGUUCAUUGACCAGGUAGGGAUACCAUCAACAUGAAAUGUUUUAGGCAAUGCUCGCUUAUACCCUUAGAAAGUGUAAGCCAUGCUCAUGUUUUAAACCCAUUCUUUCCCCCACUUCUACUUUGCCAGUUUGGCCAGUGACCAAACUUUGCUCCUGCAGUCCUUAAGCUGUUUGUGCAGAAGUCAAUCCAUGUGACUUCAAUGGGACUUACCUCCAGUUAUGUGUCCUUGAGACUGGUGCCCGAGACUGGUGCCCGAGGUCUCCCUUCAGUCCUUUUCUGUUUAUGGUUCUUUCAUGAAAGGGAUGUUGAUCUUUGGAUACUUAAAAUGGAGCAGACUUAAGUAGAUUCAGAAGAUAUGUUUUAUUCAUAUCCUGGAUGCUGGGAUCAUUCUGGUUUCCACCUCUUGCAGAUUCUUUGCAGCUUUGCUUGACUACGAUAUCUUCACAGGCACCAUUAGUGUGACCAGUAUCUAAAGCUUGCUUUAUUCCACAUCAUGGCAGCAUGUAGUUCCCCUUGGAGGAAAUUUCUUUUCUCUUUCAACCUUUCUGUUUUAUUUUGUUAUACCCGCCUUUUUGGUUGCAGUAUCACAAUACCAUCUGACACCAGAAUGCCUACCUGUGUUUAACUGAGUAGUCUUCUGAAAUUUGCAGAGCCCAAGAUGGCUGGUAUCUGUUCAUUGUUCUCCCUUGAAAACAGCCUGUGAUACUAUAAGCCAUGAGGGUUUUUCUGGUUCUGCCCCUGACCACACAGAAUUGUAUGCCCAUUGUGACUGAACUGCCCCAAGUUGAAUUCUCUGGAUCCUAAAGAGCAGGCAGGGCACCUUUUUAUAGCUAGCUUCCCCAGCCACUUUUGGCCAGGCAGCAUGAACACCUUGAUAUGUUUUUAUUCUGGUCCCUUGCCCCUAGGAUGAAGAACCCUUGUAGGAAGCAAAGUAUCCUAUCUCACUGCUACAGUAGUUUACUAGCAGUGCUCCAUGGUUCACUGGAAUAAAACAAGCACUGGUUUCAUUAUACCAUGCUAAGGUGUCACAGCCAAGAAAGAAAGAAAGAGCUUAGGCAAUCCCCUGCCUUGGGUCAAAUUUACAGUAGCUGCAGCUCAUUCCAAGUCAUAGGAUACUUGUGAGAGUGAGUAGGACAUCUUCAAUUUCUUUCUUUGGCUGUGCCUCUAUUUUAACUAAAUGGAAUCAAAGCCUCUAUUAAUUCAGAAUAGGCUCUGGCAGCAGCUUAGCUGAUAGGCCUGACAUGCUCAGAGGAACUCUUCCCACAAUUCUGAUCCUUAAUGUGCUACAACAGCAGCAAAUCAUGACUGAAAGGCACUUUUUGCAUCUUGUGUGAAAGGGGUCUUAAGUAGGCAAGUCCUAAAAUGUAGCAAGGUGAAGCAUACGUUUUCAGCAUGUCAUGUGUCAUAAUUUUAGGGGCUAGAUGAAAGCAAGAACUGAUGUCUGCUCCAGGAAGUCUUUUCGAAAUUGGAGUGUUGAGAUUCAUCUUGGACCAGUACUGGUCUUAAGAAUCUGGGGUUCCAUCAAGGGUUCUUCAUUUCUGCUGUCAAAUAAAUCCCCUCCAUUCUUUUAAGAAUUUCCACCUUGAAAAACAUCACCCGGCUGAAACUGAUGUUGCCUCUUCAGUUCUACCACCCACAGCACCCUUUAGAUCGAGGAAGCAUGAACAACAGGGAGGCAAGUGACUGUCGGUUCUUCAUUACUAAAACAUAAGCAGUUUAUUUCUAGGUUUUGAAAGACAUUGCUCCACCCCACCCACUUUGUUUGGAGCAUGGGUUUGUUUUGUUGUGUAGUUCAGUGAAUAUUCAUUUCUAUCUUUGGAAGAUAAUAAAUUUUUAAGAUAUAA